GAGAGGCAGGGUGACAUAAUGAAAGUCGAUCAUUUGAAGCGGGAAUAUUCCCCCGUGUAAAAGCUUUAAAACCCCAAUGCCUCCGUUGACAAUGUGCUCAGUCACUGGUAGGCAAUCAUAAAGUUAACAUGAAGCUUGAAUGUCCCAUCGGGCUUGUGCUGCUGUGCUGUAUAUCUUUCGUCUUACCUGCUGCUAUUGAUCAUUCGAUUCACGCUCGCGAGGUGAAUGGCCCAGCACCUGAUUAUGAGAGCAUUACAUCGCCAGUGAAGGAAGAAUUGGGGGAAGAACGUAGAGUGCCUUAUAUUGUACAGUCGGGUCAGGGUAUACCUCCACCUAUUCCUCAGCCACCUGGGGUUAAUCCCCCACCACCAUAUGGUGGCCCAACUGCAUUUGGCUCAGGAGGAUCUGCUUAUCAUGGGCCUGUUGAAAUUCGUGAAGAAGUUGCUACAAAUCUCGAGUGCCUAAAGACCUACAUGAAUGUCCACUUUGAGUUUUCAAAGCCUUUCUCUGGUUAUAUCUACCCGUUCAAUGCAUUCGACAAGUGCAUCUUGUUUGUUGGACGUGGAGAGAGGAAAGUAAAGCUCACCCUGAGCCAAGAUAUCUGUGGGGCCCCUCCACCACCACUUGUUCCUGGCUAUUCUCAACGAACUAAUCCUUUCAUCGAGCACCGGCUGAUGAUUCAGUGGGACACUGACCUCGUCCAGGAAUACGACACUAACAUUCUCGUCCGCUGCGAUCGACCUGAAGAUUACAAUCGGACCAUCAAAUUUGAUUUGUCUUCUGUUGUUGGGGAAAAGAACGACGCUAUCGUCCGAACACACCCUGGACCAAAAUUGUGGAUGGAGAUUCAGGAUGGGGAGGGCCCUACAGCUCCACCUGUUCUAGGGCCCGUUUUUUUGGGCCAAACGCUAUCUUUGGUUUUCACUUUGGGCGAUGACGUCUUCCACUUCGAUUCAAAUGUCCUCCAUUGCUGGGCGACUGAUGGUAAAACUACCCAAGCGCUCACUCCCUACGUCGAUCCUAACCAAGGAGUUGCUCCAGCACGCCCUCUAGUUACUCAACUUCAAGUGAUAGAGGCGUCUUGCUCUGUAAAGCCAAAACUGUUUGGAAACUUCCAAAAAGUCAGGGAAAAUGCGCCUAAUUUGAAAACCACAACUGAGUGGGUGCUUUUCAAGGCCUUUAGAUUUCCCACCAGCGCCAGGGUAUUGAUUCAAUGCGAUAUUCAAGUUUGUUUCGAGAAAUGCCAACCUCAGAUUCCCUGCGAUGUACCUUACAAUUCGCGGACAGUGAGUCGUAAACGCCGUGCCGCUGACCUCAACUCGACCAAUAGCAACGAAGUAAACCCGGAAAUGUUAUCCAUGUAUCGAGCGAUUGAAGUCUACCUUCCCAAAGAUGAAGACGGUCUGCCUAUGGCGGUAGUGAAUGGAUCCGCCGACAUGCUUUCUCGUAUGCUGAUGCCCCGAGCGGAUUGUCUAUCACCUUCUACUUUUUAUGGCGUUAUCUUAGGAUUGGGCAUUGCUCUUCUGGUCAUCAUAGCAGUUGUUGCCGUUUACGUUCAGCGGCAGGUCAAACAAAACCGAUCUUCAAAGUGAAAAUAAUGCAUAUUAGUUGGCACGUGGUUAAUGUUCGUCGGAUAUAUAUAUAUUUAUCGAAGUUA